AUGGUUUUUUGAAAGUUCUCAAAUCAUCAAGUUUUGUACUAAAUUGGUAAGCUCGGGCCAAAAAUAUUUUAGUUAUUUGGUUUUCAGACUCGAAUCGAAUAUUCAGAGAAAGAUUAUCAUAUUUUAUAGGUCAAAGACUUAUUUUUCCCUUGCCGGCGAAAAAAUCGGCCUAUUUCUUAUUAUUCAAAAAUGAAAACUUUUAGCGUAAUUUUUGAAUAACAGAAGCCAAGAAUUUGUAGAUCUGUUCCUUUUUCAUUAUUUUUGAAUAAAAAUUUUGCCAUUCUUUUGAUUAUGGGUCUACGAAAACCGAAGAAUAUUUGCGAAUUAUCUGGAACCAAUCAUUUCGUUUCAACAUUCACUGAAAAAACUGUUGCCAAAAAACUGAGGAAAAAAAUUAAGACUGAAGAUGAAGAAGAAGAACGGCUUGACCAGCUCGCUUAUAUAGGUGCCGUGGUCGCAGCGCCACCCUCGCGAACCUUCUACAGCGACUCAAGUCGCGAUCAGCUCGUCUACGAUUUCGCGAGGGCCUUUGUUCAGUCGCAAGUACAGUCUCGAAUUGUGGUCUUUACUGUUCUGAUGACGACGCGAAUCGCCGGAAGCGACUCUUCCGCGACAGAGUCGCUCUCUCCCUUCUCUUUUCGUCUCGUUUUCCAUUUCGACUUUCAACUCUCAACUUCCAUCGUUUGUCUCUUCUCUUUACAACUUUGGCCAAAGUCGAGGUAUUGUUUCGCGCGCCAAAAAAAGACGAGGAGAGAAAAAAUUUCUCUGUAUUUCGUCCAGCUUUGUUUUCGGCGUCCUUUGGUUGGCUUAGGUGUAAGCCUGUUGAUAAAAAAAUAUGAUAAAACACAGAGAUAAACCAGUUUUUUUAAUUUUUGAUCCUCAGUUAAAUGAAAAGUUACGCGAAUAAGUUUUGACUUCUUUCUCAUUCCUUUUUACUUUAUAAAAAAAUUUGAGUCAUCUUUAUCAUUCGUUUUUCAGACAUACUAUCUGUUCGCAGAAAUUUUUCGAACUCCAAAAGUCCAAAUCUCUUUUAAGAGUUUUUUUAAAAAUUGGUUUUUUUCUUUCUUCACCAAAUAAAAAAACUUCGAAUGAAAUCUCCAUACUUUCUGAAAUAGGUCCCACUACCAAAGUUUAUCUUUUCUAAAUCCAUUUUGUUGAACUUUGGCUUACAGUCUUCAUACUUUUGUGUUCUCAAUGAAUGCAAAAAUGUCUAAGAACUCAACUUUUAGUUGUCAAAUGUGUACGAUUUCUUUUCAAACGGCUUAUUUUCGAAAACUUUGUUCUCAAAAUGGGCUGAUCGUGCGACUCACCAGCCUUUGUUUCGAGUGAACAUGAAAAGCUGUACGGGCGAUACUCGUUUGUGUCGAAUUCUUGUCAAACAGUGUAGUAUUCAACGUGCACCCGAACCGUUCCCUUUCCUUUGCUUUUGUUUUUUUCUCAAUAUUUUGUCUUCUGGUCAUUUUUUUUGCGAGUAGUUGCAGACGUCGAUUUCCCUUUUGCGCCAAAUAUUUACAUGCGAUGCACGUGAAUUUGAUUGGAAGGUUACAGUAAGGUUGAAAUAUUAGCACGGUCGUUCAAAGAGAAAGAGAAGAAGUUGGCCGCAAUCAUGCGACAGGCCGAGAAAUUCGGACCGCUGACGUCGACCGACAAAGGUCCAAGGUUUGCGAAAAAAAAAAUUCGCGAGACUGGUGGACUGCGAAUGUGUGACGGCGUCGGACGCGAAACUCCGCUCGCCAUGAAUCCGCAGCUUCUUUUCUACCGAGCCGGCCACCGCUUCAUGCGCUACCGACAGCAUCUGAAGGUUUGCACGCACUAGAAACGUUUAGCUAUCAGGAAUUCGAUUAGAACCUGAAGUCCUUGUGAUGGCCAUACGCAAAGUUCCGGGUGAAAGAAGUAUCUUAUACAGUUUUUCUUUGCGAAUCGAAUGGUGUACUCAAAAAAAAAUUACAGAUGUGACAACUUUAGAAGAAAAACGCGAUUUUACUUUCCCGCCAUUAAUUUUAAAAAAAGCUUUGGAUCGGUAUGCAGACAACUGUUUACAGUAGUCGUGCACGCGAUGUUGCGGACGUCUCAUUAGACUCGCAUUUUGGGAGAAAUAACCGGAUAUCUGCUUCAAAUUAAGGGUUUCAUCUCUGAAAAAUCGAUUAAGAAAACAGAAAACACAUUGAUAAUAAAGAAAACACAAAUAAUCGCUAUCCCAAUCGAAACCUGUGUAAAAUCAUCAAUGUUCACCAGAAAAGCAUUUUUGCAAUCAAAGUUUGCAAAUUAUACAUGAAUAGAAAGCUGUUGUGACGAAAAGAACUUUGGUGACAACAGAAAAAAUUGAAAAUUGAAAGAAACGAAGAAAAAAGCGAAAAUCCGGAAGAUGGCGAAGCCUGUUGUCCAUAGAGCAAAUUUACUGCAAAGCGCCCUUUUCGCGGGAACUCAAACUUUCCUCUCUCCGACUUUGAAUUAUUUUUUCCCCAAAACUAGGAAGUCCUGGGCAUUUCCAAGUUCACCGUUCGAUUCGCAAUGAAAAGCUCUACAAAGUACUGCUUUGAACUAAAACACCGUUUUUUACUGCCUCUAUGCCUUUAAGAUACAUUUUAUGAACGGAUGCGCAUCCAUACUUAUCGGGUGAAGUUGAAAAACAACUAGAAUUGCAGACUAGACGCGCGUACUGCAUGCUGUCGUUGGUCAACUACACGGCAGGACUGAUAAUCGCCAGCUGGCUUUUCUACAACUACCCCUUUGUCCUGGACAUCCUUUUCUGUAUCUCUUCCGCUCUUAUCGGCAUUUCGAUAACUGCCCUCUACCUCAGCCGUCCUCUCUGCAUGCUUCCCGACAUUUUCUACAAAGUUCGUAGUUUUAAUUGUUGUUUUCCACAUUCCUAUUUAAGAUAACAAACUUUUUGGGCGUGAGAAAAAUAAUGACUCACAAAUUUGAGAUCAGCAAAGUUUUAUCCGCAAAAUCACAACAUUGAGAAUUUUUGUAUUUCCAGAUCGUUAAAAAGAUCUGGAAUAAUCUUUAAAUUGGAUAUUUUUCAGAAAAAAAUAAAUUAAUAUUCCUAAAAUUACAUCAAUCUGUACUACUUUUUUUCCCCGCUCUAACCACGUCGUCUCUUAAUUUUUAACUUACCAGAAAAAAAUACCACUUUUUAAUAUAAAAUAGCUCAGAUGUCGCUCGUCACGAUGGGUCUUUUCUUCGGCUUUGUUGAAUCUGAAUCGAUGCGACCUGAAUCUUUCAUCAACCUUGCCCUCGUGGCUCUUGCCGUUCUUUCUCAAGUUUACGAGGUUUUUUUUUCAGUUUCUUUUGGUCAUUUUGAGAAACAUAUUCACUAAGAAUUGCUAAAAGUUACGCAAGUAUACCAAGCCUUUCAAAUUUUCAGAAACAAAGUUUAGAAUUACUUCCUGUUCAAUGCAAUCGCAACUCUUCUCCGCGAAAAAGCCGGACUCAGACAGUCAGGACCGCCUCCGACGUAUCGGCUCUUCGCCACUGAUCAGAGCAAAUGGCUGAGUCCUGGCGACGCUUCAAGCCGUCCCUCUACGCCUCCACCUUCCUACGCAGACGCGGUCGAAAUGUUGCGACAAAACGCCAGAAGCCAUACCACCAAGUCUCCUUCUACCUUCCUUGAAACAGUAUAA